CUUGCUGCACAGCCAAUCGACUUGCUGCACAUUGGCUUUGUCAUCGGGUGCUGAUAUUGAGGAAGGAUUCUCUAUGCUGCUCCGUUCGGUGUGUUUAGAAGGGCUGAUGAAAUGCCAGGAUUGGGCUGCCUCUAGGGAGAGCCUCUCUGCUUUAUAAUGUGAGCCAGUAGCAUCCAGGCUCGGGCUAACGCACAACCAUCGACCAAGCAGGCCUAGGGGAAACCAAGCAGGCCUAGGGGAAACCAAACAGGCUGGCUCUGCUACUGCUAUUACCCCUUCUCCUCUUCCAGCCGAAAAAGGAGGGAUUUAUUUUUUACCGUCAUCCCUCCAUCCAUCCUGUGUUCUGUGGUGGCUCCCUCCUCCUCCUCCUGUUCCCCCUCCUCCACUACAGCCUCCUCCUCCGCUCUCUCGUUUUUUUCCCCCUCUUCCUUUUAUUCUUCUAGAGGUGCUUUUGGAAAUAGCAGACCUCCAUGUAUGACAAUUUGUACCUGCAUGGAUUUGAAGACUCGGAGGCGGGCUCAGCUGAUUCCUACACAAGCAGACCAUCGGACUCGGAUGUCUCUCUGGAGGAGGAGCGGGAGGUGCCGGGGCAGGUCCAGGGCCAGAGCCCGAGCCAAGGGGGCCCGGGGACCCAGGCCCCGGCCCAGACCCGAGAGCAGAAGGAGCAGCAGGCCACCGUGCAGCUGGAGAGAGCCAAGGCUAAAGCCGUGGCCUUUGCUGUGAAGACCAACGUCAGCUACUGUGGAGCAUUGGACGAGGACGUGCCGGUGCCAGCAACCGCCAUCUCAUUCGAUGCUAAGGACUUCCUUCACAUAAAGGAGAAGUUCAACAACGACUGGUGGAUCGGCCGGCUGGUCAAGGAGGGCUGUGAGAUCGGCUUCAUCCCCAGUCCCCUAAAGCUAGAGAACAUCCGCAUCCAGCAGGAACAGAAGAGAGGGCGAGUCCAAGGUAAGUCUGGAGGCAAUUCUUCCUCAAGUGUAGAGGAUGAGGUGUCCGCCUCGAUCAGACCCCUUAUCUCCUCUGCAGGAAAGCAGAAACAAAAAGUGACUGAACACGUCCCCCCUUACGACGUGGUGCCAUCCAUGAGGCCUGUGGUGCUAGUGGGGCCCUCCCUCAAGGGCUAUGAGGUGACGGAUAUGAUGCAGAAAGCACUCUUUGACUUCCUCAAGCAUAGAUUUGACGGCAGGAUAUCUAUCACACGAGUCACAGCAGAUAUAUCAUUAGCCAAGAGGUCUGUUCUGAAUAACCCCAGCAAGCGGGCCAUCAUCGAGAGAUCAAACACCAGGUCCAGUUUAGCGGAGGUGCAGAGUGAGAUAGAGAGGAUCUUUGAGCUGGCCCGGUCCCUACAGCUGGUGAUCCUGGAUGCAGACACCAUCAAUCACCCAGCCCAGCUGCUCAAGACCUCGUUGGCUCCCAUCAUCGUCCAUGUCAAGGUCUCCUCGCCCAAGGUUCUGCAGAGGCUGGUCAAGUCCAGAGGGAAGUCCCAGAGCAAGCAUCUGAACGUACAGCUGGUGGCAGCUGACAAACUGGCCCAGUGUCCUCCGGAGAUGUUUGACAUCAUCCUGGAUGAGAACCAGUUGGAGGAUGCGUGUGAACACUUGGCUGAGUAUCUGGAGGCCUACUGGAAGGCCACACACACCUCCAUGGCCACGCCGCUCAACCCCCUGCUGGGACGCAACCUGGGCCCCACCGCCCUCACUCCUUACCCCACCACCAUCUCUGGACUGCAGGUGAACCAGCAGACUCAAAGAAUAAGACAACACAGCAACCACACGGGAGACCACUCCACGCCCAACGAGCGUCGCAACCUAAUGACCGCCGACGAGAACUACCACAACGAGCGGGCGCACAAGGGACGCAACCGCAUGUCCUCGGGCUCACAGCACAGCCGAGACCAAGACCCGUACCACCAGGACUACCAGGACCCCUACCAAGACUCCUACAAGCCCCACCGCAACCGCUCCUCCCCGGGCAGCUACAGCCACGACUCCCGGCACAGGCUUUGAGCCCGAAUGACGUCCCAGCUUCACAACCCUUAUAGGCCUCAAGUCAACUCUCUGGUGGCAACAGAGUCAAAAUGGUUCCCGUUCAAAAUAUUGUGUCCAAUUCUGUUGUUUUCGAUUAUUUGUUUUACUUCAGGCGUUAGAUGAGGAGUAGUCCCGCCCUCCUGAACAAAACCUCCAAUCACCUCUCAUUCCCAUUCUGUCUCUCAGUCUUGCUUUGGCACUGGCAGGGACCCCUGUUAAGCAAUGUGGUCAGGAUGAGGAAGAAGGACAUGAUGCUAAUGCUACAUAACUGAGUUAAUACAACUCAUAUGACUGAGUUGCUUUUCCUCACAAGGGGACUUUCCUAGUUCCUGUGUUCCCCACACAAAGAGAUGGGUGGAAGAGGAAAGCAGUAUGAGAUUGAGAUUUGGACUUUGCUAAGCUAACAACAAGCUAAGCUAUUUUAGCUAGCAUGGUUAGAUUGUUGGUACCCGCAACCCCCCCCCCCCCAUCCCAUGAGUCGCCAUAGCAAGUGGUGGAGUCACUGCUGAAAGCUGGUAGUCUUACCAAGAGUCCCCAGAACGUUCAGUUGUUUGCAUGCUGACUGAGAGAGUUUCGCUAGUAUCGUCAAUAUAUUCACUUACAGUACAUGUCUGUUGUCAUGGGGAGUUGUAUACGUAGACCUGCCCCACCAUGACUGGCAGUGGUAUUUUUCCAGACCUUUACUGAUUCCUGAGAGGAGCAUGUGGAGUAUUUGGUUGUUUUGUUAACAAGUGCUUUCACAUGUCAGAUACUGUAUGUGCCAUUUGAACACCUGUCUAGCUUGGCCUUUCUUCGGCAACAGUCGAUACUUUGCAUAUCUCAGUAUUUUUCGCUACUCUGAUUCUGUUGUGUCAGAGACUCAUAGCGGUAUUAUAACAAGAAGCAGGGGUGUCAAACAAUCAGAGUUCGCCUCAUCUCUGGCCAGCCUCGUGAUUGGUUGACCGUCCAUGCUGCUUCCUGUGUUUCUCUCUGGCCAGCCUCGUGAUUGGUUGACCGUCCAUGCUACUUCCUGUGUUUCUCUCUGGCCAGCCUCGUGAUUGGAUGACCGUCCAUGCUGCUCCACUAACGUUGGAUUGUGUCUUCCCAGGGUCCUUUGCAUCAUGAUCAUUGAUUCUCUGUGUAGCUGGCAUGUUUUCCCUGACUUGAAAAAGUAAUGCUCCCUUUGGUAGUAAUAUCCCUGUGUAAAAUAGAGGGUGUGUAAGGAGGGAGAGCACACAUUGGUGCAAAAUAGGUGCAGUCUAAUUACUUGAGAGUUGGUUAUCUGAACUUAUUGGGGGUAUUUAAAUACAUGAACAUGGAAAUGGAAGAAAUUAAUUUGGUUAGUUUAUUUCUAGCAACAAUUUUUCUUUAGUAAUUGUGGGUUUUUUGAGUUUUUGUUGAGAUGAGAAGCAUGCAGUUGUACCCAAGGGGGUUCGGUGACUAGUUGCAUUGGCUCAACGAUCCAAUGCCUAGGCUUUAGUUUAGUGGGCUAAUAGACACUUCUGGCGUGCAGGAGGCCCGGGUUCGAACCCGGUCAGUCACAGAGACACAACCACCCUCCAGGACCAGGGUUUUCCCUGCGGUGGAUAGGUCAUCUAAACUGGAGCUUUGACCAUGAUGGAGAUGGUGGUCCCUCCCUGUGCAUCCUGGGAGAGUGAGUUCUUGGGGCAGCGUAUUCUGAGACAUUGUUAGAGAGAUGUGCAGAGUUAACUUGUUAUAGCUGUCUUUUAGUGUAAUUCCCUCCAAUAGAGUCGAAGGUCCUGUAGUGACAUUUGUAGCACCCGCAGCAGGUGGUGCCUUAACAUUCUAGAGCCAGUUGAUUUCCUUGCUCAUAUCUAUGUCUCUUAUGCUAGUUUGUUCACUGACUGAAAACAAUAGACUGCAAAACGAAGAAGAAAAAA